AUGCUUCCAGAAGGUAACGUACUGCCAAGUCGUUAUUACGAGGCGAAGAAAAUACUGUGUCCGAUGGGUUUGGAGUAUGAAAAGAUACAUGCAUGUCCUAAUGAUUGCAUAUUAUACAGAAAAGAGUAUGUAAACUAUAACCAUUGUCCGAAGUGCAAGGCGUCACGCUACAAAAAGAGACAUGGUGAAUCUAGUGAUGAUGACGAGGUCAAAAAGGGUCCUCCCGCGAAAGUGGUUUGGUACCUACCAAUAAUUUCAAGGUUCAAGAGAUUAUUCGCUAAUGCAAACGAUGCAAAGAAUCUUAGAUGGCAUGCAGAAGAAAGAAAAUGUGAUGGACAAAUCCGCCAUGUAGCUGAUUCUUUGCAAUGGAAGAAAAUAGAUUCUUUGUUUCCAAAUUUUGGCAAAGAGUCGAGAAACCUUAGACUUGGACUUUCUACUGAUGGAAUGAAUCCGUUUGGUAAUCUAAAUACUAACCAUACUUCUUGGCCAGUUCUUCUGAUGAUUUACAACCUAUCUCCUAGGUUGUGCAUGAAGCGUAAAUAUGUGAUGUUAUCCAUGAUGAUUGCGGGCCCAAAACAACCAGGAAACGACAUAGAUGUUUAUCUAAGUCCACUGAUCGAUGAUUUAAAAGUGUUGUGGGAGGAAGGGGUGGAUGUUUUCGAUGCGCAUUCUGGUGAACAGUUCAAUAUGCGUGCCAUGUUGUUUUGCACCAUCAACGAUUUUCCGGCAUAUGGCAAUUUGUCUGGGUAUAAAGUUAAAGGGCAUAAAGCGUGUCCUAUAUGUGAAAAAGACACAUGUUACCAUCAGCUUGAAAAAGGAAAGAAGACUGUUUAUCUCGGGCAUCGAAAAUUUCUAAAUCGUUAUCAUCCAUAUCGUAGAUUGCGGAAAGCUUUCAAUGGGGAACAAGAGUAUGGUGUUGCUCCAAAACCCUUAACUGGAGAGGAAGUUUAUCAACGACAACAGGGCAUUACUGCUGUUUUUGGAAAGUACCAAAAGCGGCCUAUUGCGAAAAAUAUAUGGAAAAAGAGGUCGGUUUUCUUCGAUCUUCCAUAUUGGUCUAGUCUUGAGGUAAGACAUUGUAUUGAUGUGAUGCACGUGGAGAAAAAUGUAUGUGAUAGUGUAAUCGGAACACUUCUCAACAUUCAAGGCAAGACAAAGGAUGGUAUUAAUGCUCGUCUAGAUUUGGGCGUGAUGGGUAUACGAGAAGAGCUAACUCCACAAUAUAUAGGUAACAAGACGUAUUUGCCUCCUGCCUGCUACACUUUGUCGAAAAAAGAGAAAACAAGUUUUUGUGAGUGUUUAGAAAGUAUCAAAGUGCCGCAUGUGGCUAUUCGUGGGAUAUUGCCUAACAAUGUUAGGAAGACUAUAACUAGGUUGUGCCUGUUUUUCAAUGCAAUUUAUUGCAAAGCCAUUGAUCCAUUAAAGUUAGAAGAUUUGGAAAAUGAGGCUGCAGUUAUCUUGUGCCAAUUAGAGAUGUUUUUUCCUCCUUCAUUUUUUGACAUUAUGGUUCACUUGAUUGUUCAUCUAGUAAGGGAGAUUAGAUUAUGUGGUCCAAUUUUUUUACGGUGGAUGUAUCCAAUAGAGCGAUACAUGAAGAUACUAAAAGGGUAUACGAAGAACCCACACCGUCCGGAAGCAUCGAUAGUUGAGAGGUACAUUGCAGAAGAAGCAAUUGAGUUUUGUUCUAACUAUUUAUCGGAAAUGAAUGCUGUAGGGGUUCCCAAGUCUCGUCAUGAUGGAAGAUGUGAGGGUGUGGGUACACAAGGUUUAAAGAUCAAGAGCUUAAGUAUUGAUGUGGUUGUUCAAGCGCAUUUGUAUAUAUUGAAUAACACGGAUGAAGUUCAACCUUACUUAUCUGCUCACAAAAGCAUCAUAAAGAAAAAGUACCCCAAGAUGAGUGAAAGAGGGUUGUUAAAAGAGCAUAAUAAGAGUUUCUCUGAGUGGUUUAAAGAAAAAAUUGCUGGUGAUGAUAGUGCUUCAAAAACAAUUAAGUGGUUGUCCUAUGAGCCUAAAUGCAACAUAAUAACUUGGAGUGGAUAUGAUAUUAAUAAAACUUCCUUUUAUACAAAGGCAAAGGAAGACCGUAGUACCACACAAAAUAGUGGGGUUAUGAUUGUGGCCGAGUCCAUGCACUUCUCUAGUGCUAAAGAUAAAAACCCGGUUAUGGCAUCUACACCCUACUUUGGAGUGAUUGAAGAGAUUUGGGAAGUUGAUUAUGUUGUGUUUAAAGUUCCUGUAUUUAAAUGCAAAUGGGUUGAUAUCAAUAGUGGUGUAAGAAUUGAUGAAUUUGGAGUUACAUUGGUUGAUCUUAGCAAGUUAGCUUAUGCGGACGAACCUUUCAUCAUGGCAUCUCAAGCAAAACAAGUUUUUUAUGUCACAGAUCCUUGUAAUAAAAGGUGGUCCGUUGUUCUACAAGGAAAGGUGCAUGAUAGUGAUGAAAAUCAAGAUGCGAAUCUUGAUAUUUCCGAAACUCCUCCUCUCUCAACAAAUGUGCCUACCUUCAUUGAAGAAGAUGUAGAAGAUGAUGUGCAUGCUAUUCGCACAGAUCAUGAAGAAGGGAUAUGGGAGAACUAG